AUGGUGGAGAAGGCGAGGUCGUGCGAGCGCUGGUUGCUGGUCGUGAUGGUUGGGGCGCUGCUCUCCGCGAGGUCGUGCAACCUGCUGCCCGACAACCUCAACCUCGAUGACGAUCCGUCGGAUGACGGGGAUGGCAGUUUCUGGAGCCAGCGCUCAUACGGUGGGUACGUGGACGACUUCCUGGUGAAGCUGCGACACGCAGUCGUCGACGAUGGCCUCGACCCGUUGGAGCCUCCAGAUGAAGUCCAGGACAUAGAUGAGAGAUCUGGACUGUCAACGUGGCACGCCGACGUGAGGCUGGAGCCGAGGGACAUGAGGGCCCUGAGGAAGGACAGCGCCGCCUUCGACGCCUGCCAGAGGCACGUGCAGCAGCAGGAGGACGACCAGGAGCUCGGAGACGUCUUGCUGAGCUACAUGUUCCUGGGGCGCGUGCUGCGACUGGCACCUGCUGGCGACAUCUUUGGCCAGCAGGAGGAGCUGAGGACGAGCAUCGAAUGCUGGGUGGAAAUGCUGCCCCUGCUGGUGGACUCCAGCCCCUGGUCAAAGGGCCACGCCAGCCGGUUCAUACACAUAAGGGAGACAGAACGAAUCUGA